AGUCCUUGAGCUGCACUAUGUGAGGGUGGCGCACGGUCUUCAGGAUCUCGAUCUCCGUGAGAAGGUUCUCCAUGGAGCUCCGGUUCAAGUUCUUCUUGCUCACCACCUUGACAGCCACUGCUUCCCGACUGUCACCCUGCGCAGACGCGCACACACACAAUCCAUCAGCGAGCCGCGCGCCGGCACUUGGCCAUUUAAACAUGGCGGAGGCCUUAGCGGCGCGUCUGGCGGUGCAGGAGCAGCAGAUCCACGAGCUGAACCUCGAGGUGCAGCGCCUCGUGCACGCGCUACGCGACGGGCGGCCGGACGGCGGAUCCCUCGCCGGAUCUCCGGAGCUCGAGAGGCUCAGAGCCGAGAACGAGAAGCUCCGCUAUCGGAUGGUGCAUCUGCGACGCGGGCUGCGGGAGGAGCCGACCCCGGGGGUGCGUGGGCACGAGGAGCAGCAGCAGCAGCAGCAGGAGGAGGAGAAGAGGGGCCGGGAGAGCGCCUCCAAAUGCCCGCAAGGACAAGGCGGGGGCGAGGAAGGGGAGAAGGACAAAGAAAAUGUGCAUAAAUGCGCGAACCGUUCUCGGCCUGUUCCUGUCGAUAAGAACAAGAAGAAGGAAAAGCUGGAGAAGACUCCAAAAGAAGGAGGCCUGGAGGAGAGCCACCCAUGGCCUGAAUACAUCUCUGACCGACUGCAGCUCUAUGAGAAGCUGAAGGCUGAGAGUGAUGGCCUGCUGACCAAAAGGGCUGCAGAGAGCAACCCCAUCACUGUAGAGCUGCCUGAUGGCAGGAUGCUACAGGUGCAGGCCUGGGUGACCAGCCCAUACCAACUUGCCUCUGGCAUCAGUGAUGGAACCAGGCAUCAUUCGCACCACGAAGCAGUCGUGCAGGGUAUCCUGUAUGGUGAUCACACCUCUUUCAGUCAGGGCCUUGCUGACAACGCUGUGGUCGCACGUGUGAACGGGGAGCUGUGGGAUCUGGACAGGCCUCUGGAGAAGGACUGCUUGCUGGAGUUGCUGCGCUUCGAUGAUGACGACGCCCGGGCUGUGUACUGGCACUCCAGUGCCCAUGUUCUGGGUGAGGCCAUGGAGCGCUUUUACGGAGGCUGCCUUUGCUAUGGACCGCCUAUUGAGAACGGGUUCUACUAUGACAUGUUUCUGGAGGGUCAGCGAGGGGUGUCCAGCACUGAAUUUGGGGCCCUCGAAGGAAUUUGCCGGUCAGUGGUGAAGGAAAAGCAGCCCUUUGAGCGCCUGGAGGUCAGCAAGGAGACCCUGCUGCAGAUGUUCAAGUACAACAAGUUCAAGUGUCGCAUUUUGAACGAGAAGGUCACCACCCCCACCACCACUGUGUACAGAUGUGGGCCGCUGAUCGACCUGUGCAGAGGGCCACAUGUGCGGCACACUGGGAAGAUCAAAGCUAUGAAAAUCUAUAAGAACUCCUCUACAUACUGGGAGGGGCGCUCUGAUAUGGAGACUCUGCAGCGCAUCUAUGGCAUUUCCUUCCCUGACAGCAAGAUGCUGAAAGAAUGGGAGCGCUUCCAAGAAGAGGCGAGAAACCGGGAUCACCGCAAAAUCGGCAAGGAACAGGAGCUAUUCUUCUUCCAUGACCUCAGCCCAGGCAGCUGCUUCUUCCUCCCUAGAGGGGCCUACAUUUACAACACACUCACUGACUUCAUCAAGGAGGAGUACUGCAGACGGGGCUUCCAGGAGGUGGCCACCCCCAACAUUUACAACAGCAAGUUGUGGGAAACCUCAGGACACUGGCAGCACUACAGUGAGAACAUGUUCUCCUUCCCUGUGGAGCAGGACAUCUUUGCCCUUAAGCCCAUGAACUGCCCAGGGCACUGUCUCAUGUUCAGUCACCGGCCUCGGUCAUGGCGGGAGCUGCCCCUGAGACUAGCCGACUUUGGGGUGCUCCAUCGUAACGAGCUGUCCGGCACAUUGACGGGACUCACCAGGGUGCGUCGAUUCCAGCAAGAUGAUGCCCACAUCUUCUGCACCAUGGAGCAGAUUAAGACUGAAAUGAAGGGAUGCCUGGACUUCUUGCGCAGUGUGUAUGAUGUCUUUGAGUUCUCCUUCCAGUUGUACCUCUCCACACGUCCUGAAAAGUUCCUUGGUGACAUUGCCAUCUGGGACCAGGCUGAGAAGCAACUGGAGAACAGCCUAGACGAGUUUGGUGAGCCAUGGAAACUCAACCCUGGGGAUGGUGCAUUCUAUGGUCCCAAGAUCGACAUAAAGAUCAAGGAUGCCAUUGGACGUUAUCACCAGUGUGCCACCAUCCAGUUGGACUUCCAACUGCCAAUCCGCUUUGACCUGACGUUUGUUGGGAAAGACGGUGAUGACAAGGGGCGGCCUGUCAUCAUCCACCGUGCAGUUCUGGGCUCUGUGGAGAGGAUGAUUGCUAUCCUCACAGAGAACUAUGGUGGAAAGUGGCCUCUCUGGCUAUCUCCCCGUCAGGUGAUGCUGGUACCCAUCAACCCCUCAUGUGACGAUUAUACAAAGGCGGUGUGUAAGCAGUUUGUGGAAGCUGGCUUCAUGGCAGAUGUGGACCUUGAUUCCAGCUGCCUGCUCAAUAAGAAGAUCCGCAAUGCCCAGCUGGCCCAAUACAACUUCAUUCUAGUGGUGGGCGAGAAGGAAAGGCUGACUAAUAGUGUGAAUGUGCGUACGAGGGACAACAAGGUCCACGGUGAGAUGCCUGUACUGGAGGUCAUGGCCAGGCUGACCCUGCUGAAGCAGUCACGCUGUUGUCACGCGGAGGUGGAGUUCUGAGGAAGAGCAGCAGGAAGAUGCCACCUUGGGGUAGCCAACAUCUGGAAAAACUGGGCAGAUCUUGGGGAAGCUUCAUAACAUUUAGGUGGAGAGACCAUGGAAGCAAGAUGUUGACUUUUGUUGGAAGCUGGAAUGGUUUAGUAAAUAAUAAAAUUGAGGGAAACUAACUAUAAGGUCGAACUCCUUCAUUUGUACAGUUCUCACUUUAGUAUACAUUAGUGAAAUUAUUCACUGAAACAAACCAGACAGCUGAGCUGCUGAUGUAACAUUGAGGUCUCCAGUAGAGUGAGUUCUUGUUGGAGUAUUUCAUGAAUGGAGUGAUUAUGUAUGUUAUAAAAUGGAAAUUUUGGCUGUAGGGAAGUUGGAAUGACUUGCAGUUUUUUUUGUGAUGUCCUAACAGACCAUGAAGGAAGUUGGCUUUAUGAUUGGGAAAGUACUGAUACCUGUAGAUUAAGUGUACAGGUGGUUUGUUACCAAGCAAUGUAUUGCUUUCAUUCUGGACAAGUAAUGGAUAACAUUGAUUAUGUGGAGUGUGCGGUGGUAUGUCGAGGAAUAGAAAAGCAAAUGAAGAAACCCUUGAUCUCUUUUCCAUUUGGGUGGUGCAAUAAAUUUUUCCUGUGCAUCUAAAUUUUUGUUCUGAUAUACAUCACAAUAUUUAAAGAUGCAUACAGAACAUGCAUACAUAACACAGUUGUAAUAUGUCAUGCCUUUAGUAGAUAUAUACACAUUUCAGUACGUUACUUUAUGGAGCAGAUGCUUUUCUCCAAAGUGACUUCCUAUGAACACUUUUCAGUGUUAU